AUGUUUGAUUUCCUAAUUGUCAGGUUGAAGAAGUGGUUCGUGCCUUGUCCAGAACGUGAUCAGUUCAGGACCAUCAAGGAGGUGAGCAGCCUCAUCCUCAACAGAUCUCCAAAGGUCUGCAACUUCUUGGAGUGGCGAGACUACAAGCUAUGCUACAAGCGCUAUGCCAGUCUCUUCUUCAUAGCCUGCGUGGAGAACACGGACAAUGAGCUGCUUGCGUUGGAAACUGUCCACCACUUCGUAGAGUGCCUAGACCGAUACUUUGGCAACGUCUGUGAGCUGGACCUGAUAUUCAACUUCCACAAGGCAUACUACAUUCUGGACGAGAUCCUGAUUAGUGGAGAACUUCAGGAGUCGAGCAAAAGGGCUGUGCUCCAUCACAUCUCGGAGCAGGAUGCCAUGAUGCAGGAAAACGAGCAGGCCAAGCGAAAAGGCUGA